UACUGUUUUUUUUUUUUUUUUUUUUUUUUUUUUUUCUAGAUUUUUCUAAAUCUAAAGAUUUUUUAGAAAAUUUUAUCCAGAUUCUCCCAAAAAAAAAAAAAAAUAUCUAAAGUUUUUAAGGCUUUAUCGUUUAAUUUUGAGGUGUGUGGUCUCUACUGGUCCCAAACUUAAAUGAAUAUUUCUUCUCACCAUUUCUGGGCUUCUUCUUCUUCUUUUUCUAGUUGUAUUGUUUGCUCAGUUGAGAGAGGAAGAUCAGUCCCAACAAAUACACUUCGAGAGUCCUAAAUCAAAGGUGAAAAUUACUGCUUAAUAUAUAUUUUGAAUUGUAUGACAGCUUAAUAUAUAAAGCAAAAUCAUUCAAUGGAAUCUCCGGAGCCCUUAAGCGAAUGGGAGCAAAUCGACUCACCUUCCCCUCGCUCCCCUCCUCCACACCAAUCCGUUUUUUCUUCUCACAUGGCCGAUACUCAAAUUCAACAACAAAACCACUCUCCUGAUUCCUCAUCAUCUUCUUCGCCGACGCCGGCGUUGUCUUCGUCAUCCUCGACCAAUUUGGAGUCUAACGAAGAGGACGCUCAAGCUCAACGGCGGCGGCCUGAAUCAUCAGACUCUCGGCUCGCGGCGGUGAAAGAAUUCAAGAAGCAAUUGAGAUUGCGAAUGGGGAUCCUGAAGACCGAUGUUCUUGGCGCGGCUACCAAGAUUUGUAAUUACAGAUUGGUAGCGCUGUGGAGAUUUUGGUCGAUUGUUUCGGUGGCCGGAGCGAUUACGGCGGUGUUGCUCUCUCUGCUCUACGCCAAGAUGAGGCGUCCGCGAUGGAGACCGACUGUUCUUCGCCGCCGGCGCGGCGAAAAUAACGAGCCUCUGCUCCUUCUGCUUAAAGAGAAAGAUGAGAAAAUCAGCCAGUUGCUUGUUCAGAUUGCUCAUAUGAAUGAAGCUUUAUCGGCUCGGCGAAGGGUUCCUGUAAUUCGAGUUGGUUGAGCUGAGAGGCCAUGGAAGGAACUCAAAGGGGCUUUUUUUCCUUAGCGCAAAACCCAUAAUCGUACGUAUAUAUUUUGUAUGUAUUUUUAUGUCGAAGUGUUAUUUAUUCAAAAGUCGAUAGAUAUAGCUUUUUUGUUUUUGUUUUUGUAUUAUUCUGAUUCUGUAUGAAAGUUGAAACGACAUUACAAGCUUACUUGGCAUUAAAACAAAAUUUAAAAAUGGCUACUAUUAUUUUUGUAGUUACUAGUUAAAAAUUCAUGUGAAAUGUAAUGUUCUUGUUGAA